AUGCCUCUGCAUUUGGAGGUACCGCCGGUCAGGGACCCAGAGCUUCGCCGGUCGCCGUCACCCCCGCCAUCACCGUCACGGGCUCUUCAGACGUACAACGACAAAUAUGUUGUAGUAUAUGACUUUAGCGAAAUAGACUAUUACCAAGCUGCAAAAGAAUUCACUGCGUUGCUGCAAGCCCUCGAAGCUACUGGCCUCCACGUCGAAGUGAGACCGGGGUACGAACAGACCAUCCUUCUGUUUGUCAAGGCACCAAGUGCACUUCUCGGAAACAGGGUCUACAAGUUGAGAGUGAGAGACUGGCUCUAUGGCAUCACGCAAACGCGGCCACCGGGAAACAAAGACACCAUUGUGGCUGCAUGGUAUGAAGCUGAAGACCUCUUAUCCAUGGACCACCUGGUCAACUGGCCACAGUCCAUGGGAGGAGCGGGCAUCACCCCUGGUCUCGGCGAAUGGAAGAAUGUCAAAGCCAUCUUCCCCAUGCACAAUGACAAAGUGAAUCAGGCAUUGCUACGAAGUUUCAGCAAGAAGCUACUGCUCGGAACCGAGGAUCUCGAUCAGAUACGAGAUCUCUUCGGGUCAAAGGUCGCCUUCUACUUUGCAUUUGGACAGUCCUACUCAGCCUUUCUCCUCUUCCCAGCCGUUACCGGCCUCGUUUCUUGGUUGUGGCUACCAAAAUACUCCAUCGUCUAUACCAUAUUGACUGUGAUCUGGUGUACCGUCUUUCUCGAAUACUGGAAGGUCCGGGAAGUCGACUUGAGCGUACGAUGGCGGGUGAGAGGAGUCAACAAAACGAAAACGAAUCGGCCAGAGUACAAAUACGAGCGAGUCAUCGUGGACCAAUACGGCCGGACAAUUCACUACACCCCUAAGUGGAAGCAGAUUUCGCGUCAGCUUCUCCAGGUCCCGUUCAUGGCCGUUGCGACUGUGGCGCUUGGCCUCAUGAUUAGUGCGGUAUUUGCUGUCGAGAUUCUGAUAUCCGACUCAUAUGACGGACCGACCAAUCUCUACUUGGACUAUCUGCCUACCGUGCUGCUUGCCGUCCUGAUACCCUACAUCAGCUCAUACCUCGAAACAGUUGCCAAGUGGUUAACAGACUUUGAGAACCACCGAACAGCAGACAGCCACGAAAUGUCACUCACGCAAAAGAUAUUUAUACUCAGCAUCAUCACAAACUACCUCCCCAUUCUACUUACGGCUUUCGUCUACGUUCCAUUUGGCGACCGGAUAUUUCCCUGGCUCGAAGACCACAUUGUUCAUUUCGCUCCCGAUAUCGGCAAUCGUUUGACUGAGAUGCCCUUCAGGCUGGAUGCUGACCGUUUGCGGCAUGAAGUCAUCGCGUUGACUGUUACCGGGCAGCUCUCCAGCUUCUUCGAGGAGAAUAUCUUGCCCCUGAUCAAGUAUAAAAUGAGCAGUUGGUACCGAGACUACCGUCGAAACUAUACGAAGGAUACGAUCCUGAUAUCCAUGGUCACUGAUGACGAGGACGAGGCGCAGUUCCUGGAGCAGCGCCGCAACGAGGCCACGCUGGAGCCAUACAAUGUGCAGGAUGACAUUGCCGAGCUGGUGCUUCAGUUUGGCUACUUGGCCCUGUUUUCGUCUGCUUGGCCGCUUAUCCCUCUGGGCUUCCUCAUCAACAACUGGGUUGAGCUUCGGUCCGACUUUGCCAAGAUUUGCAUUGAGCACCAAAGACCGCCGCCGUCUCGCGCAGAAGGCAUUGGGCCAUGGAUUGUCUCUCUGGAGAUUCUCGUGUGGCUGGGCAGCAUCUCCUCCGCAGCCAUCGUUCACCUGUUUAGCACUGAUGGCGUACUGAGCGGCGGCUGGUCAACUCUCCCACUGACCAUCUUCGUCAGCGAGCACAUCCUCCUCGCUCUGACGUGGAUCACACGAGUCAUUUUCCAGCGCCUCGGCUCCGAACAGCUACGCAGAGAGAGGAGCGAGCAGUACGCAAGGAGACUGUCGAUUCUAGAGGAGAUUGAGGAGGCCAAGCGCGAUGGAGAACACAUUGGCGUGCGGGAGCGAGAGCGCAGAAAGUCGCUGUUGAUUGCGGGCAAUGAGAGCUUCUGGACGAAGCAGCUGGAAGAGGGAGCGAGCGCGGCGGCUGGAAUGAAGCUGAUUUCGCUGGCGAGGAAGUCGGACAAAGAGGGCAAGAAGACGCAGUAG